GUAGCCAUCUUAUUGUUUUCUAGAAACAUCUUAUUAUUAUUUCAGUCAACAGAACCUAACAUCGUCAAAGUAGAAGUUGAGUUGCUCACACAAGCAAACAUAAUAGACUUAAUUUAUUCUGAGUCUUCUGUCCCCCGACUCUGCCAUCUCCUCCCUGCCUAACUCUUACCAAUAUUGCUAGUCAACAAGGUGGAACUUCUCCUCGAUCGUCCAUGGCGUGCAUCAAACUAAAUCUCAACGUAGACGUCAACAGUUGCCUGAGCGGGCUCAAGGCGACGCUGCGGCUGGGCAGGCCAAAAUCUGGCAUCAAGAAGUUGAAAAAGGAAAUGAAAAUUUUGAAAGUCAAAAGGGACGACAUCAAGAACCGGAUCGACCAGGCGGAACUCGAGGGGAGAAUUCCGACCAACCAAGUGAGCCACUGGCUAUGGACGUGGAGACGUUGGAAGGCCAAGAAAAUAGAAAGAAAAAAAAAGUCUUUGUUUCGAUCGUCAGGUUGCUUCAGUUGUCAUUGCUUCAAUCAAACUCAAACUCAAACUGGUGGCACGAGUCAAACACAGCAAGCAGGAGAUCAGGUUCCUAUCAGAGAGUCAUCAAACUGCUGCUCCAUCAUCCUAAGAGUGGCCAAGAAGCUCGGCGAGGUUAAAGAAUUGAUGGACCGAGCUGAUAGACUGGAUCCGGUUGCCACAGUUGGGCCUUCGGAACCCGCCGUGAUGCUUCCCAUCUCACACCGAUCGCCCGUUGGGAUCGAGUCGUAUGAGGAGGACAUUGUGGGCUACGUCGAUGGUGGAAAAGGCGACAUCAUAGGCAUCUACGGAAUGGGCGGUGUCGGUAAGACCACCAUGUUGACGAGGAUCCAGCAACACUAUCUUCUCAAGCAUACCAUAUUUGAUCGUGUGAUUUGGGUUGUGGCCUCCAAAGACUGCCAAUUGAAAAGGCUCCAGAUGGAUAUUGCUAAGAGUCUAGGACUCAAGACACUGCAGGAGAGUGACGAUGAACGAACCUGUGGUGAUAAGCUCUUUACCUUUUUGAAGAGCAGGAACUGCUUGCUGCUUCUAGAUGACAUUUGGGAACACCUAGAUCUUCAACUGUUGGGUAUGGCACACUCGGCUACUACUGAAAGAGGCCAGCAGCAGCAACCACGCAAAACCGUGGUGUUCACAACCCGUAGCGAGGGAGUAUGUGUACAAAUGGAAGCAGAAAAGAAGAUCAAAGUCAAAUGCCUGGAUCCAGUUCAAGCAUGGCAGCUCUUUGAAGAGAACAGCGAGGGGGAUGUUCUCAACUCAGAUGCUGGAAUUAAGUUCGUUGCUGAAAAACUUGCUAAAGAAUGUGCAGGUCUUCCGCUCGCUCUUGUCACCGUCGCCCGGGCCAUGUCAGGGAAAAAGUCUUGGGAAGUUUGGGAUGCCGCUCUCCGUCAAAUAAGGGAUGAACAUCAGUGGAAAACCGUAUGUCUUCCUGAAGAUUCAGUCGUCAUGUAUAAAGCCUUCAAGCUGAGCUACGACAGUUUAGAGAAUGACUCCAUAAGAGAGUGCCUCUUGUGCUGCGCUUUGUGGCCUGAAGAUUUUAAGAUCGACCAAUUCUCUAGGUUGAUACCGUGUUGGAUUGGUUGCGGAAUAAUCUGUGAAUUUAAUGUAAUUAAUGAAGCUUUCGCCAAAGGAUGCUCCCAUUUGGAAGCUCUUAAGACUGCAUCUGUUGAAAUUGGUAAGUAUUUUGGUAGAGCUCUUGAGGAGAAAAAUGUCUGGACAAUCUUUGCUCGAACGAUUUUAGGGACGCCAUCACUUCUUGAACGGAAGACAGAUGAGAAUUUUGCGUACCAGCCUUUGAUCUGUAAUAUCUUCACCAUGAGAUUUCAUUAUAUUGACCAGAUCAAAGAUUCUGCAUCGUUGCUAGAGCACUCCGCCGACUUUAUAAAGAUGCACGAUGUCAUCCGAGACAUGGCACUGUUGAUGGUCUCUGGGUCGGAUGGGAACAAAAGAAAAUGGAUUGUAAAAGCAGGAAUUGGGAUGAGUGAUUUGCCUAGACAAGAGGAAUGGCAAGAAGCGGAGCGAGCGUCAUUCAUGAACAAUCGGAUUACAUCUUUACCGGACUAUGGAGCUUCCACUUUUCCAAAACUUUCUAUGUUGAUUAUCCAUCACAACAAAGGCCUGAAAACAAUUCCUCCGAGUUUGUUCGCAAGCAUGCCUCGUUUGGUAUACUUGGAUCUGUCUGACUGUCGUAUAACAAAACUUCCCAAGGAGAUUUGUAGCUUAACUGAGCUUCAAUAUUUAAACUUAUCAGAUAAUCAUAUAACAGGGUUGCCGGCCGAGUUUGGUUGCCUGGGCAAAUUAGAGUACUUGUUUCUAAUGAAUACUGAUCUUCAGAUUGUACCCAAUGGGGCGAUAUCCAAUUUAUCAAUGCUUAAAUGGUUGGAUAUAAAAGAAAAUCCUCUUGCACUCGAGUGGUGGUGGGAUGAGCUGAAAUGUUUCAAAGGACGACACCAAUUAAGUGUGGCAAUUAGCAUUAAUGCUACAAUAGAUAACAUUGAGCGACUCAAUAUGUUACCACCAAAUGUCUCUAUAUGGCACCUCACUUUGGCUGGAGAGAAUAUUUCAAAACUUCCAAACAACUACGAUCUGGGGACUACACAAUGGGGUUGCAGGGUAAGUGACAAGCUUGAGUCUCUGUACAUUGUGAAUCUUGGAUUAGACAGAUUAGUGUUGGCCGCGGGCGAAGGUCGCGAAUCAAGUUUCGGAUGUCUAAAGCUUCUCUAUUUUACUGAGCUAAAACUAUUGGAAGAUAUUUCAUUGAAUAGAGUUCGGCUCCACAACCUUCGUAAAAUAUAUAUUUUUGAUUGCCCCAUGUUGAAGGAUGUUUCUUGGGUUCUCCAACUGCCAUGCCUUAAUUCUCUAUCCAUAGUUAAUUGUGGAAAGAUGGAGGAACUCAUAAGUGACGUAGGGAACUCCAACUCCAUCUCUAGCUCUAGCAUCCAGCACUUGUUUUUGGGCAACAUACCAAACCUCAAUCGCAUUGCAAACCGAUCGCUCCAUUUUCCCUAUUUGGAAUUUAUAGAUGUGAUAGAUUGCCCAAAGCUCAAAAAAUUACCAUUUGGGAUUGAAAUAUUAAAGAACAAAUUAAAAAGGAUUGACGGUGAAGACGAUUGGUGGAACAAUUUGGAUUGGGAUGACGAGACGAUCAAGGAUUCCCUCACCCCUUAUUUUAGGUAA